AUGUUUGCACGGUUAUCCGUCAGCUACUCGCGGAAUUUAGCAUUCCGAAACGAAACUUCGUUUAAAAUCUUAAGAGUUACUAGCUAUGCUUCGUUGCGCGCUUACACACAAGGUUAUCACGGCUCGAGGUCAGAAGUUAUCGCUCCAGUUGCCACAAAACCUUCAGCUAGACUCGCGAUCAUAGGAAGUGGACCAGCUGGAUUCUACACUGCUUAUCGUGUCAUGAAAGACUACCCGUUCGCUUUGAUAGACAUGUACGAGGCGCUUCCCAUACCAUUUGGUCUU